CGUCUUCUAAAGAAACCCUAAAUCAGAUUUACUGAAAACAAACAAAGAAAUCAAAUUAGAAAAGACAAAUAAGGAUGAGCCAACUAAAGCCUGAAAGGCCUCAAGAAGAGGAGGUAGCAGAGAUUAAAACUAAUAAUAAUAGCGUUGAACAGACUAUAGCUGAGGAUAAGCCAGAAAAGCGUUUGAUCAAAGAAUCAAUUGCUGGACAGAUGCAGAUAGCAGAACAAUAUUCCAACAGAGCUCAAAUUCAGUCAUUGCCUACAACAAUAACAUUUCCACAAGGUGGUGUUAGUGGCUGUGGUGGAAUCACAAUUGGUGAAGCACUUGAAGCUACAGCACUAACAGCCGGCCAGAAGCCUGUUGAAUGGAGUGAUGCCGCCGCGAUUCAGGCUGCUGAAGUAAGAGCCACUGGUCGCACCACCAUUAGCCCUGGCGGUGUUGCCGCUGCUGCACAGUCUGCCGCAACCCUAAAUGCUAGGGCUACGAGAGAUGAGGAUAAGACGAAACUCGCUGAUAUUCUUGCGGAUGCGACUUCAAAGUUACCGGCAGAUAGGCCGGCGACGAGGAAAGAUGCAGAAGGGGUGACGGGUGCAGAAAUGAGAAAUGAUCCGUACCUGACUACACAUCCAGCAGGAGUGGCUGCUUCUAUAGCGGCGGCAGCGAGGCUUAACCAGCAGAACUCUUUCAAAUAAUUGAAAGCACUUUAAAUUAGGGUUUUUUUCUGUAAUAUUAACGCUUUGAAAUUGAAAUAAACUGGACGACUCGGAGUUUGUUACAUAUGUCUUGGGCGAAAGAAAGAACAUAAAUGAAUUUCUUCUCUCACCCAUUUUGUAUUUAAAACUGAAGAUCAUGUUAAAUACAUAAUUUAAUUUUUUUUUUUUUUUUACUUUCUAAUUUUGAUGUGAUGUUAUGGGUUUUAUUUGGAUUACAUCUUGUAGAUUAGAGAUUCUUGAAUGGGAUCGGAAUAAUGCCCUAUCAAUUAGGGAAAUGUUGUCAAA